UGUGCGUCUUCUAUUCUUUCACCAAAUUUUCUCAUCACUUUUCUCUCUUCGUUUCUAAAUUUUCCUCCAUUCCAACGAAAUCUAGGGUUUUCAUUUCGCCUUCAUACCAAUUCCCAGGUACGUGCACUGCCUCUUCUGUUUCUCGCCCUGCUUUGAUUUCCACGUCAUCCUCGUAUUUUCGGUGAUCCCGAUUUUGAUUUGGAUAAUUGGGUUGAUUUUGACAAUUCUCUUUUUGGUUUUUGGUUUUUGGUUUUUUGUUUUUUUGCACCUGAAUUCUUCUUGGUUGUGUUAUGGUGAUUUUGACACGUAUCGUUUAUCAGGUGGCAUGUGUGGUGGGGCUUUGAAUUUCGAUUUAAUUAGGGAAACCCUUUUUAUGUUUUCCCCCUAUUUCCCCAUGGGUUUGACUCUCAGAUUGGGCUUCCCUUUUUUCUUUUUCUUUUUUGUUUUUCUUUUCGGUUUCCGAGAGAUUGAAAUGGUGGCUUAGCAACUGGGUUGUAUUUAUGUUAGUUAUAGGAAUGGGGUUUGUUUGAACUGUAUUUAUGCUUGGUCUUGGUGGGUUGAUACAGACAGGGGCAUAGAGGUUGGGUUGGGUGAGUUCAUUAGUGUAGUGGUAAGGAGGGUAGAGAGAGAAAGGUUCUGUGAGGAUGACAGAUUUUCAGCCGCUACAGCAGAAGCCUGAACCUGCUGAUGCCCACGCCGAGUUUGAGCGUGGACUGGAGGAGUUUAUGCGCGGGCACUUGGAUGAUUGUAUGUCGUUUGCUUCGUGUAGCUCCUCCCGUGCACCAGAUGAUGAGGACGAUGAGGGUGAUCAGCUAGUUCGGAGGAGGCGGAGGUCUGAUCUUGAAGGGGAUGAUUUAGCUGAGUCUUCGGCUGCACGCAGGCGUCAUUCGCGGAUUUUGAGCAGAUGGGCUGCACGGCAGGCACAGGAGAUGAUAACUACUAUUGAGAGGAGGAAUCGAGAGUCUGAGUUGAUGGCGCUCGCAGGAUUGCAUACCGUCUCAAUGCUGGACUCUUCUUUCCUGAGGGGGUCACAGUCUCCAACUUCUGGCCAGGAGGGGGCUGUGGAGAGGCCCAGCACUCAGGCAUCUGCCAUUCUGCAGAUGUGGCGUGAAUUGGAAGAUGAACAUUUAUUGAACCGGGCACGUGAAAGGAUGAGGGAAAGGUUGCGCCGUCAAAGGAAUUCUGACUCUAAUACCAAUGUGUCCAGUACCAUGUCUGAUAGUCGAGGCAGUGAGAAUCAAGGGAGUUUGGGGGAUGCAAGUGAAAGUGAAAAUGAUUAUGGUACUUGGUCACAUGAUCACAUUGGAUCAAGGAAUGCACAUGUGGAUCAUAAUGGGUCUAGCAGGGAACAAUCUCCUGAUCUUGGCGAAGUUGAGAGGGAGAGAGUUAGGCAGAUUGUUAGGGGAUGGAUGGAAAGUGGUAUUAGUGAUCAUUCGUCUAAUGUGAGUCAGAGAAACAAUAACCGUAGGGCAGAAUGGCUUGGAGAAACAGAGCGUGAGAGGGUAAGAAUUGUCAGGGAAUGGGUACAAAUGACUAGCCAGCAGAGAGGAUCUCGUGGGAGCCGGAGGGAUACUCAAGUAAGUGAAGGUGCUCAAGUUGAUCGAGUCCGUGAUGUGGUGACUGAUAAUGAUGAGGGUCAGCCUGAGCAUGUUCGGCGGGACAUGUUGAGGUUGCGGGGAAGACAGGCUCUAGUUGAUUUGCUUGUGAGGAUAGAAAGAGAAAGACAAAGAGAGCUGCAGGGUUUGUUGGAGCACCGAGCUGUUUCUGAUUUUGCUCAUCGCAACCGUAUUCAGUCACUGCUCAGAGGUAGAUUCCUCCGAAAUGAAAGAACUGUUGAAAAUGAGAGGCCUCCGUCUAUGGCUGCAAGUGAAUUAGUUCAGUUAAGACAACGACACACAGUCUCUGGUUUAAGGGAGGGGUUUCGUUCAAGAUUAGAAAAUAUUGUUCGUGGUCAAGCAGGCUCCAAUCCUGAUACCACAUCAAAUAGUAAUGUUAGUGAAACAAGAAGUGAUGAAAACCAAGCAAACAGUUUGGCAGAUGCCCAACAAGAAAAUUAUGAACAAGAGCAGAGAAGGGGUGUGGAAACUGAUGUGCGACAGUUGCCUAAUCAAACAGGAACUCUGGAGAGUAGCACAAGUGAGAGUAUUAGUUGGCAAGAAGCUAGUAAUCAAGGAGUGAAUUGGCAGGAACAAAUUGCUGAAGAAGGGGGAGGAAACUGGCAACAGAGUCCGUUCAACCAGAUUAGAGAUGGGAGGGCAGUCAAUGAUUGGCCACAGGAACCUCCCAGAAAUUUAGCUGGGGAAGAUCAUCCGCGGGAAACUCAAAGAGCUUGGCACGAUGAUAACACGAGGGAAGCUGUUAGUAAUUGGUCCGAAGGACCUUCUGGAGCUUCAAGGAAUCGCCGUGGUGUUCCCUUUAGAAGAUUCAAUAGAUUUCAUCCACCUGAUGAUGAUAAUGUAUACAGUAUGGAGCUUAGAGAACUUCUGAGCAGGCGAAGUGUUUCUAACCUUCUUCGUAGUGGUUUCCGAGAGAGUCUGGACCAACUAAUACAAUCAUAUGUGGAAAGGCAAGGUCGUGCACCCAUUGACUGGGAUUUGCAUCGGAACUUGCCAACACCAACUCCUGCCUCACCUGAACGGGACCCUGACCAGCAGGGUGAUGAACGUGGUGAGGGUCAACAUGAAGCCAUUAACAGACCUUCAAUGGUAUUGCCUUCUCCACCAGUACCUCCACCACAACCGUUGUGGCACCAGGAUUUGCAUCAAACUGGAUGGUCUCGCCAUAGCAUGCAUCGUUCUGAAAUUGAGUGGGAGAUAAUGAAUGAUUUAAGAUCAGACAUGGCAAGACUUCAGCAAGGCAUGAAUCACAUGCAGAGGAUGCUGGAGGCUUGCAUGGAUAUGCAACUGGAGUUGCAGCGCUCUGUCAGACAGGAAGUCUCUGCAGCUCUGAACCGCUCAGCCGGUGAAAAUGGAUUGGGUGCUGAGACAUCUGAUGAUGGGUCCAAAUGGGGGCACGUGAAAAAAGGAACUUGCUGUGUAUGUUGUGAUAACCAUAUCGAUUCUCUUUUGUACAGAUGCGGGCACAUGUGCACUUGUUCAAAAUGUGCCAAUGAGUUAGUUCGAGGUGGAGGUAAGUGUCCUUUAUGCCGAGCACCAAUUGUUGAGGUGGUCCGAGCAUAUUCCAUACUGUAAAAAGGAAGUUAAAAGGGCAUGGAAAGAAGGAAAGAUCUGAGGCAGUUGAUCUCAGUUCUGGAAGUCUUGAGGUUCAUAUUUAUAAGUGUUCUAGAUGCCUUUGUUUUUCUGAUUAUAUGGAACUCCAUGAAUUGUAUAAUUGGAUUAGCAAAUGGCGCUGUUGAUUCAUCAUUCUUGCGUAAAUAAAUAGUUGGCCCGAUUAUUCUUUCCAAAUCCUACUCUUUUUCUAAAAUUUCCAAGCUUGUAUAUGUGAAUAAAAACAGACGAUUCCACCCAAAAAAAAUAUGGUGCUGGUCAAUCUAUAUCUACAAUAUUUUCCC